GCUGGAGGGGCAGGGAUAGGAAAGACCAGUGCCACAGAUGUGUGAGUUGUCCCACACUCUCUGUGGUGUGUUCAGGGAGUGAUUUGAACGCUUCUAUUUUAGAAAGCCACCUCCGCCCUAAAGGAUUGCCAAGCGUGCAUUUUUUAAUCCAACCAAAGCUUCGUCUUCCUCCCACGAAGCUAAGUGGCGUUGUCCUUACUGCUUGUCUCAAAACAAAGACAUUUGCCGUUUGCACGUGUGGGCUUUCUUCUCCAGUUUGUCUUAAAUUGACAUUUGAAGUCAGUCAGCGGUUGUGAAUCGAUCUCACUGAGGCUAAUGAAAACAUCCUUUCUGACAGUUGGACAGCUGGUUAUCGCUUCUUCGCCGUGCAUGAAGGAGGGAAUGUAGUCUACUUUUCUUUCACCACCUGGCAUACUUCUCCAAUUUAAACCGGACGCUUGAGAGAUGCUAUCCUCCAGGUGAUCCCACUGCCCUUCCUCCCUCAAUUCCAUCUGAGAUCCGCUGGGACACGUCGGGUCAAAUCCAGCGUCUCGCGCGCACACAGCCAUCCCUCGGCCGGCGAGGAGGACCAGGCCUGCGCUGGUGAGGAGGAAGAGGUAAAAGAGGAGUGGAGGUCAGGUGUUGGGGCCUGUUGUCAUGGACGCGGUGGAGGCCAUGUCAUCGAUGGAGUCUAAAGCAGAGCGAAUCGCCCCGCUACAAGGCGGAGCGGCGACGAGAGCUGGCUGAGCGCUACGCUAACAUGGAGGAUCUCAGCAGCAAGUACACACGCCACGACCGACAAAAGGACACGGCACCAGAAGCAGGGGACACUGGGAGCAGAGGGAACUCUGGGACAGAUGAGUCCUCCGGGGGGCGGGAUUCACCCACGUCACGUGGGGGCCUGAAAGGGAGGAGGGCGGAGAAGGAGAGCGACCCGGAGGCAGAGGCUGAGGACGACGCCAAGACGGCCCCCAAAACCACAGCCAAAGCCACAGCCACCCCCAGUGAAGCGGGAGACGGGGCCCUGGGGUACGCCGCACGCCACAACCGGUUGGAAGCGGAGGAAGCCCGGAAGCCAAAGGCUGACCAGAAAACAGACAACGUUGCCAAGACAAGCAUUGCUGCCAAAAUGUCUUUGUUUAAAGAACUAGAGAAGUCGUCCGUCCACGACGUCUUCACAGGCGACGGCACAAGGAAGGGCAGUGGGAGUUACCGUGGCAACACAAAGGGGCAUGACUCCCGGCCAAUUAGAGGCCAGGAGUCCGAGGCAACAUCCAGUCCUUCUCAGGGUUCAUCAAACGAGGAUGAGGAGAACCGUGAGGAAAAACUGAGGAAGAGCACAAAGCGCCAAACUAGCCAAUCAGAAGCAGAGGAUGACUCAAAGAAAGGAACGAAAGGCCACCUCUCCCGACCAAUCAGCUGCAGAGACAAGGAGGAAGAAGAGAAGGAGUCCACCCCUGCACUACAACCAACUUCGGCCUCCUCCACUGUCCUCCAAGGCUCACGCCGAGACCCCAAGCCCAGCGAGAGGCUCUGUGCCCUGGGUAGCAGCAGCGAGGAGGACCCCCGGCCGCGGUCCUCCUCCACCUCCUCCUCCACGGAUCGAGAGGGGGACUUCCGGUCGUCUGCGUCCAGCCUGCAGAGGCAGGACUCUGGGCAGCGGAGCAUCAAGGGCAUCCUGAAGAAGAGCCGGUCCACCAGCGUGGACACCGACCCGGGAGGGGUCACCGAGGAGCGCAACGGCACCCACGACGCCUCCGGAAAGGAGGAGGAGGAAGAGGAGGAGAAGGUAGAGCAGGAGGAGGAGAGGAAGAACGGCGUGAAGGAGGAGGAGGAGGAAGAGGACAGAGAGAAGAAGGAAGACGGAGAGCAGGAGGAGAGGAAGAGAGGAUUGCAGCGCAGCGAGUCCAGCCAGGCAGACGAGGAAGAAGAGGAGGAUGAGGAUGAAGAGGAUGAGAGCAGAGGAGUGCAGAUAGAGGAGGAGGAGGAGGAGGAGGAGGAAGAAGAGCAGGAGGAGGAGGAGGAGGAGAGGGAGGAUAGGAGGAGAAGAAUGCAGAGAGAGAGAAGCAGCUCCAGUGACGUGGCCAUGAGCCCGUCACCCCCAGGCUCUCUGGAGAAGACCUCGUCUCUGUCCCUGUCCGAGGAGGGCGAUGAGCAGGACAGCCUGGAAGGGAGCAUGAGCUCCUCACUGAAAGAACGGCUGUCAGAGCUGACCGGUGGGGAGGAUGACUCGAAGUCUCGGCUGAAGAAGAGCAAGGCCGCUGAUUUGGUCCAGACGCCUCUGGCCGACCGCUUCAACCAGCUGCACGAUGCGGAGAAUGCCUGGAGGAAGAAGAAGUCUGCUGUGGAGGUGGAGCCGAAGAUGUCUCUGGCCGACAGGAUGAAGAUCCUGCAGGAGAAGGAGGAAGCGUGGAAGUGCAGGGGCAAGGGGGCCGCCAACGACUCCAUACAGUUCUCAGUCGCUGGCCGCAUGGCAAAGAAAGGCCUUGUCUCUCCCAUAUCGCCCAAAGAUGAUCCUCCGGUCCUCAAGAAAUACACCUCAGGAACUCCUGUCAAGCCAUUGGAAGAAAUUGCCAGUCGCCCUGACGUGGCGGUGGAGGGGGAUAAGCGUCUGGACAAGCUGGAAUCCUUCCUGGACAGACUGCAUAGUAAAGGCGUGGGCAAGGGAAGGUCCUCCACCAUCGAGGUGACUGAGGAGAAGGAGAAGGAAGUCAUGACGCUGGACGAUGACGAGAUGUUCGGACGCUUCUACAAGCCUGUGUCGCCCAGCUCCUCUGUCGCCAUAGUUACCGAGCAGGACUUCAGUGUCAUCAACACAGACUCACCCAAACUGGCAUCAGCCGUGGCUAAGCACAAGCGUGCGGUGCGUCCAUCUCGGAACAACCCGUCGUCACGGAACCCUCUGCGAGCUCUGGCGGCGCGCGACGACUUGAGACAGACGUACACCGAGCAGCGGCUCAACAUCGCUACCGUGGAAACCAAGAGGAUCCAGAUGGAGCGGAUGGCUAAGCAUUCUAACCUGGCGGACGUUGCCUUGGCGGGUCUUGCCAGUAAGGAGAACUUCCGGAAGGUUAAUCUGCGCAGUGUCAAAUCCACAGAGGUGGUGACCAACAACAGCACACUGCCCUUCAACAAGCUCAUGCUCAUCCACAUCAAAGGUCGGAGGCACGUGCAGGUGCGUCUGGUGGAGUCCACGGCUCGCUCUCUAAACAGCGGUGAUUGCUUCCUGCUCAUCACCCCCAAACACUGCUUCCUGUGGAUCGGAGAGUUUGCCAAUGUCAUCGAGAAGGCCAAGGGCUCAGAGAUGGCUCAGUAUGUGCAGGCUAAGCGUGACCUGGGUUGCAAGGCACCUCAGGUCACUGUGCUGGAGGAGGGCAUCAACACAGACAGCCGCUCUUCCAAAGAGUUCUGGAACCUUCUCGGGGGAAAGUGCGAGUACAGAGGAGCGGGUGAGCCAGAUGAGGAUGAGAUGUAUGAGAGCGGGGUGUUGGAGGCGACCGGUGUGUAUCGUCUGGCGGAGGGGAAGUUGGUGCCACACGAGGAGGCCUGGGCAUCAAUCCCCAGUGUGACCAUGCUCAACUCUAAAGAGGUGCUGGUGUUUGACUUUGGCAGCGAGGUGUACGUGUGGCACGGGAAGGACGUGCCCCUGGGCGACCGGAAGGUGGCCGUCCAGCUGGCCAAGCAGCUCUACGGCGGCCCUUACGACUACUCCAGCUGCAGCUACAACCCCCUCGACCCCUCCCAAGCCAAUCCGGACAUGCCUCUGCAGGGCGAGGGUCGACCCAGCUGGUGCCUGUUGGGUCGUCUGUCGGAGCACAACGAGACGGCUCUGUUCCGGGAGAAGUUUCUAGACUGGUCUGAGAGGAAAUCGCUCGAGACGCCCGUGGAGGAGGUCAAGUUGAAGACCCCCGUCCACAUCACUCUCAGUUCUGACUCGGAGCUGCGCCCCUGCGACGUGGCCUCCCUGCUGCAGGGCGUGGGAAACCCCGUGCGGACGCUGUUGGAGGGUGUGGACGUGCAGCGGGGCCACGGGCUGGUGCGGAGCGAGGACGGCCGGCAGGCCGAGCUGGCCACAGUCGGCGUGGACGCCUGGCACAUCCGCGAGUUCGACGACUUCGAGAUCCCGCAGGAGAGCGUGGGCCAGCUGCACGAGGGCGACACCUACGUCAUCCGCUGGAAGUACACCAUCACCAACGUGGUGGGGAAGCGUCAGAAGCCGGGCGAGCUGAGCAGUGGCCCGGGGAGAGAGCGCUCAGCCUGUUUCUUCUGGCAGGGACGCAAGUCUAGCGUCAGCGGCCGCGGCACCUCUGCACUCAUGACCGUGGAGCUGGGAAACCACCGGGGGGCGCAGGUUCUGGUGGCUCAGGGAAAGGAGCCUCCCUGUUUCCUUCAGCUCUUCCAGGGAGGUCUAACUAUUCACAGCGGCUGCAGAGAGGACAGUGGCAACAACACCGGUGAGUGGCGUCUGUUCUGUGUGCGCGGCGAGGUGCCCGUGGAGGCGUCUCUGGUGGAGGUGGAGUGUUGCUGUGCCAGCCUGCGCUCGCGUGCCAGCCUGGUGCUGCUGGGCACCCACGCCAGCCUCCUCUACCUGUGGCACGGCUGCAAGAGCCACCCCAGCGCCCGCGAGGUGGCCAAGAGGGCCGUGGAGCGCCUCACCCAAACGUGUUCUCCAGAGUUCGGUCUCGACAGCAACAGCAGUGUCAAAGUCCAGGAAGUGGAGGAAGGGGCGGAGACAAAAGACUUUUGGAAGGCUAUUGGCCAACAGGACAGGAAGGCCUACGACUGCAUGCUUCAAGACCCAGGCAAGUAUAACUUCACGCCGCGGCUCUUCCGUCUGAGUGCGAGUGCCGGAACCUUCCAGGGGGAGGAGCAGUUGAGCCCUGCCCGUGUCACAGGCGCUGUCAUGGCGAUGCCCUUCCUGCAGGACAACCUCUACUCUGUCCCACAACCAGCUCUCUUCCUGCUGGAUAACCGGCUGGAGGUGUACCUGUGGCAGGGCCCGAAGCUGGACGAUGAGGAGUGCACUGGCUCCGCUAAGAUCCGCUGGGACGCCGAACGCAAGUGCGCCAUGGAGACCACGCUGCGCUACUGCAAAGAAAAGAACUCCAAGCGACCGCCCCAGGCCUAUCUGAUUCUUGCUGGUGCUGAGCCGCGCACGUUUACAAACAUCUUCCCUUACUGGGAGCGAGACCCUAGCAUCAAAGUGCAGGACGAGGGUGUGCGUAACAAGGUGAUCCUGGUGCAGGACGCGCUGUCUCGUCUCUCCAAGAGGCAGUACUCAAUAGAGGAGCUCACCUCCAAACCCCUGCCCGAGGGAGUCGACCCCCUACACCUGGAGAUAUACCUGUCCGACAAGGACUUCAAGACGCUGUUGGAGCUCACGCGAGAAGAGUUCAAUGCUCUUCCUAACUGGAAACAGCUGAAGUUGAAGAAGAGCAAAGACCUCUUUUAAACCACAGAACUUUUUAAAGCACACUAUAUUCUUCAGAGAGAGAGAGAGAGAAAGAGAGAGAGAGAGAGAGAGAAUGAGCAGGUAGCCGAAGCUAUGAACUCAUCCACAGGUGCUAGACCAUCACCAUGGCCAACUUUCCUCUUUCUGAACUCUCAUGACAGACCGUGUCGGAGGAAAAAAGAUGCAAUGAGACCCUACUUACUUUCUUACAUCUUCUUACUCUCUCUUCUGAUUUUAAUUUUUGUUUGUCUCUCCAAAAGGAUACUCGUUUUUUGUUGUUGUUUUUGUUGUUGUUGUUUUUUUUUUCAUGUGAAACACAAUUGUACAGUUUAACUUUCUUUUCUAAACCUUCAAUUAACCUGUCUCCUAUCCAGCUACAACCUGUAAUUCCACAACAUUCCUUUUAUAGCUGUUAAAUUUAGCUUCAUCCUUCUGUAGCUUAUUAGUCACUGAAGAGAUCGCCCCUCUAUACCCAACAACGACAGACCUACACGUCUGUCUUCUAUCUAACCAUAUAUUGAACUAUAAAUAUGUAUUAUAAAUGUAUUAUUUUCUUCCAAGUAAUUUUUACUCUGCCAUCAUCAAACUGUGAGAGAAUGUGGAAUGUUGCACGCUUCGUCACUGCCAAUGGAGGCUUAGUGUGGGACUGCAUGUCAACUUUGACCUUUAACCCUUGAGAAGUCACCUGUUGUGCCAGUGAAGAUGCCCGUACACGCAGCCCCACUCGGCUGUGUUCAGUGGUCAGCGUAUGUAUUUGGACGAACCCUGAACACAGAUGAUCUGAAAUGCCUUGCUAUGCCACAGAUGUAUGCACAAACAUUUAAAGUACUGUCAGGUCAGGGGGAAAAAGUGGGGAAGUGAGCAUUCUUCGUUUUUAAGGGUUUUAUCCAAUGGGCCCUAAUUUAAAUGCUUGGCAAAGUGCAAAAUCAGUCUAUGAGCAAAGUUGUCGUGCAUGAACUAAUGGCGUCAUGUGGCGUUAGACAGCUUUUAGCUGACCCACCAAUGUUUGUAUUUAGGAUCUUUCUCAUGGCAAAUAGAUUUUGCAGUUAUUAAGCAAGUUUUAGUCAAUAAUUUAGACUUGGCACUUUGCCCAGCAUUUAAGUUAAGUCAGUGUUUUUUCAAGCGUUGGGAGUCACUUACGCAUACAGCUCCUUGUCCAUUAACAGCAUUAAGAGUCGAUGAGAGAGUUCGGCAGUCUUCCUCGGCUUCUUGUACAUCUCUUUUCCCCUUGACGAAAUAAAUGAUGCUGUUCAUACACUCAAA